AUGAAUUUUGUUACAAAAGAAAAUGAAAACUAUUCAAAUGAAUCAUCUGGCAAAUCCGAACAAGUAAAUGAGACAGAAAAGGAAACAGAAAAGGAAACAAAACUAGUUAAAACAUCCACAGAGGAGACCAAAGAAAGUUUGUCAAGUUCUGAUUCUGUAGAUAUUACUAACUCUUCUAGUUCAUGUGCAGAAUCAGUAAAAACAGAAGAGAAGUCUGAACUGGAUGAUGGAUCACACCAAAGUAUUGCUGAUGAUGUUAUUUCUUUACGUGAUAAACAUGAUCUUUACGUUUGGAACUACGUUUUUUCUUGGUUUGCUGAGACUCGGGGUGUCCCCACUAAAACUGAUGAAUCUGGUGCUGUGUUUUUAGAUUAUGGUUGUGAUGAGAAUGUUUUAAUAGGGAAAUCUGAUGUAUUGACUGAUAAACUUGAAACACCUGUUUCCAGUGACUCAGAAAUCAGUUCUGGUGAUUCAGACAACUAUUCUAGUGUGCCUGAAACAUCAAUUGAUACAUCAGAAACUCAUGAUAAAGAUGAGAAAAUUGAUAUGUUUGAUUGUGAUAAUGAAGAAAUUGAUGAACAAGGGUCAUCUCAUAAACCUGACAAUCAAAUGCAAUUAGAAUCAAGUAGUGUUGCGCCCGAAGAGAGUCAAACCGUUUCAGACAUAGACUGCUCAACAUCUGACAAACCAGAAUCCAUUGAUGUUAGAGACUCAGAUGUUGAUGAAGCUGAAGAAGAGAUAUCUGUGGAAACCAAUUCUGCAGAAACUUAUGAGAAAUUGGAGCCUAAAGAAAAGGAAUCCAUGGAAAUCAAUUCAACAGUUGAUUCAACUGAUGAAACUGAAGAAGAGAUAUAUGUGGAAACCAACUCUGCGGAAACUCCUGAGAACAUGUUUUCUGAAGAAAAAGGAUCCGUGGAAAUCAAUUCAACAGAUGAUUCAACUCUCGAUCCCAAAGGAUUAGAUUCUGAAGAAAGUGUUCUAAAUGAAGCAAAGUCUAGUGAAUCUGCUCCUUUAAAGAAAAACCGGUCACGUAAAAACAGAAGAUCACAGAAAAAGAAAGUUCAAAAGGAAAACCCACCUCUCAAGCAAACUGAACCUAAACCUAAACUGAAGGGUAAAGUUGUCGAUACUUACUCUUGUGCUGAUAACUGUGAGCAGGGUUCUUCCAAGAUCAAACAUGCACACAAGCAAUCAGCACCAAAUGGAAAGUAA